UUUUUGAAUGGUUUGCUACGUGACGGAAUCGUUAUCUCGUCACGUCGAUACAUUAUCAGUGUUAGAGUGGCCGGUGAUAGAAGAAUACGGACUUGAAGAUGUCAGAAGUCCAGAAAUACACGAUAGCGGACGUGGCGAGCCGCAACGGACGAGGCGGAGCACCCGUCUGGCUGAUAUACAAGGACUCCGUAUACGACGUCACUUCCUACAUCCCUGAGCAUCCCGGCGGCGACGUGAUCUUAGAAGAGGCCGGCAAAGACUGUACGAAAGCGUUCGAUGACGUGGACCACAGCUCCGACGCCGUCACAGUAUUAAAGAAAUAUAAAAUAGGUGAAAUCGUUGAGGAAGAAAAGAAAUACGAUGCGAAUGGCAAAAAGAAGAAGCGCGUGGUAGCGGCCGCGCCUGAGAAUAGUGGUAACAGGAGUUGUAUGAAUAAGAUCACCUGUGGGCUGCUGGGCUGACAACCGUCCGCAUUAAGUAUCAUAACAG